AUGGCGGGGCCUCCGAAUCCAGCAGCAACACACAGUACGACAGCUCGAGUGACAAUGCCGUACCUGGUGAAAGCUUCGAAUAUGGCAAUUCCACCUAUGCCAAAAUCCAGCGAUUCGCAGGCAAAUUCCACAUUGAACAGCGAGGUGUCGAACGGGUCCCUGAGUCGGAGCGAACCGAUGACUCGUAUCUCAACAUUGGCAGCAUGGUGUGUUCCUAUACCUGGCGUGAACGCCGUGGCCUCAUGGCCUUCCACUAACCAAUCCUAG